GCCCUCGCCGUCGUCUUCGCGACGAGAAGUCGCUUCAAGCCCUAAAAUUGAUCUGCCGAUGAGGUGAGACCGACAAGCCAUGGAAGGGGUCGCAGCAUCGCUGCCCCGGCCGUCGGAUCUCUCGCCGUCGCUCGUCGGCUUCCUCGCCGAGAAGUUCCGGACCCCGGAGGACCUCCCUCGAUCCCCCGACCUCGAGGCGGAACUCACGAGCCGAUGCUCGGAUCUCGAGGCUUCUCUGGCCGAUCUGAGCAGACGGCUGGCGGGGAGUGUUGCGGCGUACGCCGUGCGCUCGGAGGAGACCGGCGCACUGCUCGGUGGCGUCAGGGCGGGGCUUGUCGAUCUUCGAUCCUCCCUCCGCGGCUCUUCGAAAGAUGGUGGAGAUACAGAAGAUGGGUCGGGAAGAAGAGAGCAGAUGUUGGCUGAUGAGCUGCCGGCGCUCGCGAAGGAGGUAGCGAGGGUGGAGACCGUUCGGUCUUAUGCCGAGACCACACUCAAGCUCGACAGACUGAUUGGUGAUGUUGAAGAUGCUGUUUCUUCCUCUGUUACAGGAAAACUUAAAACUCCUAGUGCAACUAACUCGGUGGAUAUUUGUAUGGUGGCAAUCAAUUCUCUCAAACAAAUAGAGGAUAUGUUAGCUUCUGUGACAAAAUCAAGACCUCAGUGGUCUCGUCUUGUCUCAGCUGUAGAUCACAGAGUUGACCGGGCUUUAUCUAUCUUACGACCGCAGGCAAUUGCUGACCACAGAAAUCUUCUAGCAUCCCUCGGCUGGCCACCUCCACUUUCGGGCUCCAACAUUGUGCAUCCAAACACAGGGGCAUCACCCGAGCUUUACAAUCCUCUUUUCUUGAUGACUGGGAACCUGAAGAUUAAGUACUGUGAGAACUUCCUUUCCCUGUGUAAGUUGCAAGAAUUGCAGAGAAGGAGAAAAUCUCGACAACUCUCAGGGCAUACUCUGGAGAUUGCACUUAGCCAACCACUUUGGGUUGUAGAGGAGUUAGUGAACCCAAUAAUGGUUGCUGCUCAGCACUUUUUAUCAAAGUGGCAUGAUAAACCAGAAUUCAUUUUUGCUCUUGUCUAUAAAUUGACAAUGGAUUUUGUGGCCUCCGUGGAUGAGAUAUUGCAACCUCUGGUAGACAAGGCCAUGCUUGUGGGCCGUAGUUGUAGAGAGGAGUGGAUUUCAGCAAUGGUGACUUCACUCUCUACUUUCUUGUCGAAAGAGAUUUUUCCAAAAUAUGUUGAUCUUCUAGAAGGUAGCCAUUCGAGCAGUAACUCGUCACAGGCUAGGUUGUCAUGGCUUCAUCUUGUUGACUUGAUGAUAUCUUUUGAUAAGAGAAUCCAGACCCUGAUCACCAACUCUGGGCUGGUGCUAUCACUGACUGAUGAUGCGAAUUUGCAGCGUGUCUCCUCUAUGUCCAUCUUCUGUGAUCGACCAGAUUGGCUUCAGAUGUGGGCUGAAAUUGAGCUUGGUGAGACGGUAGAGAAAUUAAGAGUAGCUAUGCACGACGAAAAGAGCUGGAAAACGAGGUUCCAAGGGACGGUGCUAAUGACUGGCUCAGAGGAUUACAAAUCUCCUGCAGUUUCUGGUGCUGUUCUUCAGGGUUUAUCUUUGCUGAUUGACAGGUCUCGGCCUUUGCCGAGUGUUGAGCUCAGGGCAAGGUUUAUUAGGUUGGCUGGAGCUCCUAUCGUGAGGGAGUUCCUUGAUUGUUUGCUUCGUAGGUGCCAGGAAGCUGAGGGCCUCACUGCUCUGGCAGAUGAUGAUGCCUUAUUGAAGGUCUCCCAGUCCAUCAAUUCAGCUCGGCAUUUUGAUUCAGGCUUGACUGAAUGGUGUGAGAAUGUGUUCUUCCUCGAGAUGGAAAGUAUAGGUAAAGAUGAUACGGAGGGGAGGCGCAUUUUUGAAGAAGAGAUAACUAUGUUUAAAGAGUUCAGAACAGAGUGGAUUGAGAAAAUUGCCACUGUUGUACUGAGGGGUUUCGAUUCACUUUGUCGAGACUACCUGAAAAAUAGGAGGCAGUGGCAAGAGAAGACUGAAGGAGUAUCUCUUUCAAAGACUUUUGUUACUGCCCUGGACUACAUCCAAGGGAAGAUCUCCAAGUUGGAAGAGGGAUUGAAUGCGAUGGACUUUGUACCAAUGUGGAGAGCCGUGGCCAGUGGUGUGGACCAGCUAGUUUUUAGUGGCGUGUUUCUGAGCAGUAUCAAGUUCAACAGUAGUGCUGUGGAAAGGCUGAAUGGUGAUCUGGAGGUCCUGUUUGGGGUGUUUUCAGCAUGGUGUUUGAGGCCUCAAGGCUUCUUGCCAAGGCUGGCCGAGGGUUUGAAACUGCUGAAGAUGGAGGAGAAGCAGCUCAAGGAUGGUAUUUUAAGACAUGAUGAGAGAUGGUUGAGGGAGAAUGGUAUAAAACAUCUAACAAUUGCAGAGGCAGAGAAAAUUGUGAAGAAUACAGUGGUGAUGGGGUGAUAACACUCAUCACUGAAGCAGCACAAGUAGAAUAAAUAGACACAAGAUUGUAUUUAAGUCAUAUGGCUUCUUGCCAAAUAUUACUGAUUCUUGUAUUCUUUGAAGAUAAUUUCAAUUACAUAUAUAAGGUUAGGACAAAGA